AUGUCUGGGAACAUGAGGGCCUCCUACGAGCCGCUCAGGGCAUCUUCCCGCCGCCUGGAGAGUCCCUUUUCUUGGGGCUUCCUUGGGAUCCUAGUGCUGGCCCUAGAGCUCCUGCUACCCACAUGCUCAGGUGACUGUGGUGAGACACCAAAAUUCAAAACUAUGUCAACCAUAGUUGAGUAUAAACCCCCUGUUAUUAACCAGUUUGAAGUGGAAUAUGUGUGUAACCCAGGAUACAAGUCUAUUUAUCCUGACGAACACAUAGUUACUGUUUGUGAACCUGAUGGCACAUAUAAUCCUCCUCUCCAGGAAGCUUGUACAGAGGUGUAUUGUCCACAGCUACGAGAUCUCCAAAAUGGCGAAGUAAUCCACAAUAAUGGACCUUUCAAGCUUGGUUCACAAGUUGAGUAUGUUUGUAAUGAGGGUUAUUACACCCUUGGAGCAAAUAUUAUAACAUGUCAGAUCUCUGGUACAAAUGACAACGUGGCAUGGAAUGAUAAACCACCAACUUGUGUAAAGGUUUUGUGUCAGCCACCUCCAUAUAAACCACAUGCAGAAUUCAACAGUAGCCACAAGACUGCAUUUGAAUAUAAUGAAACAAUUAUUUAUACUUGUAAGCCUUCUGGACCGGAUGGAUAUUCACUUGUGGGAGAGAGCAAGCUUGUUUGUUCUGCGAACAACCGAUGGAGUAGUGAGCCUCCUGAGUGUAGAGAAAAUUCUCCACCCACUACAGUAUCACCAAAUAGAGCUGACGAUUUAGGUAUUAUUUUGAAUAUUGAUAACCCUCCAUUCUGA